CAGCAGAGCAGACUGGUCGGAAGGACAUUAGCCUCUCGAUGUGGUAGGCAUUGCUGCCACUCCAAGACUCCCAGCGAGGGUAGUCUCCUCUUUCCAAAAUGAACUGCUGACCACAGAAGCUGGAGUGUUCAAAGCCCACCCAUCUGUUUAAAACAUACACAUAGUUGGAGAGCAUUGCAAACCAUCACUCAUCACCUAUAUGUGUGCAUACAUAACUGGCUAUACUUGUACUUAAAAAUAUAAUGAAAUGUCAAAAAAAAUUAUCUUUGUUACUGAAUAAAUCGGACAACAUUAUGAUUUUCAGAUACUUUUUCACAGAAAUAUUACGGCUUUUAUUAAAAAAUUUUUUGAAAAAAGCUGAAAAAUUAAUGACUUUGGACACCACCUGCGAUAAUAUAAUCACUGAUAUAUAGCCAUGUGUGUCUGUGACUUACGCGCCACACUCCACCUUUAGGGAGCGGAUAUUGUCCAUGCCACAUUCCAUGACGUUCUGACAGGCGGAGGUGAACUCCAUGCGCUUGCCUUGAAAAUUCUCUUGAUCGUAAACUGUGAGCUACACCAGAAACAUUGAGAUGUUUAUUUGAGAUCUUAUCGUUCGUGUCCAGAUGUUUUUAUUACCGUUGUAACAAUCAUCAAGCAUUUACUUGCCUUCCAUGGCCCCAUUGGCAUGGGAUUAGGCAGAGCCAUCCUUGAAGAUAUUUUAAUGCUGAUAAAUCUGAAGAACACAAGAAUCUCAUUUAUGACAAUUGUAUAAAAAAAGCCCCAGGCAGAUAAACAGGGAACAGUUGUUGCCAAAUGUCAUUGGUGCUAAGGUUUAAUUACCAAAGAAAAUAAAUCACAGAUUUUAUCAGCUGAUUUACAGGAUCUCAUCCAAACAUAACAAUGAUACUUCUAAUUCAUUUAAGUAUAAAAGACUUAUGGUUGACAAAAUGAUUCAUGGGUGAAAAGAUGAAUUCGAUAUAAAAACUUUGCACAUUGCAAACAUGCAAAUCUACACAGAUACAUAGAUUAGAUUAGACGCUUUAUCAGAUUUAGCCCAGAACCUUUUGUAUGUUAAAAUCAUACAUAAAUCUCUUAAAGUUCAAUUUAGUUACAGAAUGCAAUCCCAAUUGUUAUGCAAAGCAAUUUUUAAAAACAUUUUACUCUGUAUUUUUUCAAAGAUGCUACGCUAAAUAUGCUUGCUUGCUAUGCUUGUUUUGGUCUUUAAUGGUGUUUAUGUGAUCUUCCCCCAUGUUGAGCUGACUAAAAUGAACAGGCUUACAUGAAGGGCUUACCUGACCUAUCCAACAAACAGCUCCAGAAAAAUGCUGAAUCUUCAUACAACGAAAGCUGAAGCUGCACCCAACAAUGAGUCUUCCUUUUGCUCUCAAUGGAGAGGCCUGCGGCCAUUCUACUAAGUCAGCACAUUACUGGCUGCUCUACAAAAAAAGUGAAUGAAUGAGAGACUGGGAAAGAGUUGAAGAGAUACGGGCCGUGCUCUUUCUGCUGAUGGAGCUUUAGCCAUGUCUCACACUGCUCUACAGGGAAGCAUGGGUAGUCGCCAUGCCACAGGAAUGAGCUCACAUAAAAUUUAUCUGUUUGAGAACGAGAAUUUCCAAGGGCGCAUGAUGGAGCUGAAUGGAGAGUGUCAAAAUAUCUGUGAGCGGUUAAACCGAGUGGGAUCUAUCAGAGUGGAGUGUGGGCCAUGGGUAGGUUAUGAUCAGCAGAACAUGUCUGGUGAGAUGUUCAUUUUGGAGAAAGGAGAAUAUCCACGCUGGGACACUUGGUCAAAUAGUUACCGCUCUGAUCACCUGAUGUCUGUGCGUCCUGUUCGAAUGGACCCAAAAGACCAUAACAUCUGUCUGUAUGACUGUGUGAACUUUGAUGGUCGUAAGAUGGAGGUUUCUGAUGAGGAUGUUCCAAGUUUGUGGUGUUAUGGCUUUCAGGACAAAGUAGCAAGCAUUCAAGUAAAUGGUGGAACGUGGGUUGGAUAUCAGUACCCUGGUUACCGUGGAUACCAGUACCUGCUUGAGUGUGGACCCUACAAGCACUGGAACGAAUGGGGCGCCAGUUUCCCCCAGAUCCAGUCUGUGCGUAGAGUAAGAGACAUGCAGAUGCAUCACAGAGGAUGCUUUGAGAUGAAGGCAUAAACAAUAACAGCAUAUUAUAGGAGCAUAAACAGGUGGAUACAUUGAAAUCCUGCAGGAAGAACCAUUGUGAAAUGUAAUCUUCAAAGAGCUGCUCAUAAUAGACAGUGAUGAUGAACUCCAUUAGCUUGUGUUGUGUUGGGUUAUGGCAUGCAUGUGUUUACCACAAGGCACAACCUUAUUUACAAAGACAUUUAAUGUUUAACCUCUUAGAUAAAAUCAUCAAACAGGAGAAUAUUUAAUAUGUGCAGCUUUAAUGCGAUGCUUUGUUUAAUAGUUUUACUUUAAUUUAGACAGCCCUUCUUUUAUCAACCCUCUUAUAUGAUUUUAUAGAUCUGUUUAAACUUUAUUUUUAUUUUACAUUUUUAGAUUAGAUUUUUAAACCUGCCAUAAUGAACUUAGCUCAUUCUUAAUCCAAGCUUUCAACAUAACCCAACCUGCUUCUAGUUGUUGGCAUGUACACUUCAUGUUUUAUUACAUCCUUUGGAUGCUCAACAAAAUAUGUGAUGAUCCUUUACAGAGGAAGUACUGCAUCCCUCCCAUAGACAUAUUUUGAACCCACAUUAUUUCUGACUAUAGAGAUGAUCCUGUCACACUUUUCUCAGGGAUGCUGGCAUCUAACACAUUUCCAACA